AUGGCACUCUUUCCUCGUAAGAACGAUGCUAUCCACGCCAAUGGCGACCACAUGGUCAAUGGCGGCACUUCCGACAUUGCCAUCACGGCCCGCGGUUCUGAUUGGUAUUGGACUGUAUGUGCUGUGAUGUUUGUGAGCACAAUGGUCAUAGUCGGCCUUUCCUUCACGAAGCCACGCAAUCAUCGAAUUUUCCACUACAUCACCGCAGCGAUUACCAUGGUCGCCGCCAUCGCAUACUUUACCAUGGGCGCAGAUCUUGGCGAAACCGGCAUCAAAGUCGAAUUCAUGAGGAACAACCCAAAAGUCCAUGGCACAACUCGUGAGAUCUUCUAUGUUCGAUACAUUGACUGGGUGAUCACGACACCUUUGCUUUUAAUGGAUCUGCUUUUGACUGCCGCCUUGCCGUGGCCUACUGUCAUGUAUACCAUUCUUAUCAAUGAGAUUAUGGUGAUCACAGGAUUGAUUGGCGCCCUCGUCACUUCUAGCUACAAGUGGGGUUACUUCGUUUUCGGUUGCUUUGCCUUCCUUUGGGUCGCCUGGACCGUCACCUGGACCGCACGUAAGCACGCAAACGCUCUCGGCGCCGACAUUGGUCGCACGUAUUUGAUCUGUGGUGUCUGGACCAUUUUCCUGUGGUUCCUCUAUCCGAUCGCCUGGGGCUUGUCCGAGGGAGGCAACGUUAUUGCUCCAGACUCUGAAGCCGUCUUCUACGGCAUCCUUGAUAUUUUGGCGAAGCCAGUCUUUGGCGCCCUUCUCCUCUGGGGCCACAAAGAUAUCGAUCCAGCUCGCUUGGGUUUGAAUAUCAAAGAUUAUCUUGAAGAUCCUACUUCCGCCACCAAUGGUGACAAAGUCGGUGCAACAGGAGCGGUCGAUGCCUAA